UUCACUUCUUCACAAACAAAAAAAAAAUCUCUCAAUUCAAUUCGAAGCAAAAAAAAGAGUUUUAAGCUCUCUCAAAGCUAAACAACACGAAGACGAUGAAGCAACUAAUCCGCCGUCUAUCUCGCGUGGCUGAUUCAGCUCAAUACAGUCUCCUCCGUUCAGAUUCACAACGACCACCUAGUAAUAGUAACCGCCGCCGUACAGAAUCAUUCCUCCGCUCUUCAAUGGCUCGUAGAUCAAAGAAGCAGAACUCAUCCGUUCCAGAAGGACACGUACCUGUAUACGUAGGUGACGAGAUGGAGAGGUUCGUCGUAAGCGCGGAGUUGCUUAACCAUCCGGUUUUUAUCGGUUUAUUAAACCGAUCUGCUCAAGAGUAUGGAUACGAGCAAAAAGGAGGUUUACAAAUCCCUUGCCAUGUGCUUGUCUUUGAACGAAUCAUGGAGUCGUUUCGUCUUGGUCUUCCGGUUUCUAUUGAUUUAAUCGGAGACGAGUCGAUUUGAAGAUGAAGAAGAAGACGAAGCUUUUUUUAGAAGAAAUCUUGGGGUAGUUUAGUCAAGGUUUUUUUUUUUUUUUUUUAAAUUUUCUUUAGAUCUGGUGGUUUUAGUUCAGAUACUUGAGUAAUAUUUCGUCGUUUUGGGAUGUAAAUAGGUAUAUAAUUUUUUUUUCGUUUGAUAGAUGAUGAUGAUGAAGAAGACAUAGAGUUCUUUUUUUAAAAUUUGUUUGUUGCAAAAUUCUCUAAUUUUUUUUCGCCGGUUUUAAGAAUCGGUUUGAAAUUCUUGUGAAGAUAUUAUUAUAUAUAUGGAAGUUUUUGCAUCAAAUUUGUUAUC